CUUCCAACAGUCACUUUUGUCUUUGGCGUUGUGAAUUUUCUUUCGAUGGUAGGACCAUUCUUCGAAUUAGAAAAAGGAGAACGCAAAACAAAAAAGAAUAUGAAUAAAUAUUUAUUUGAUAAAAUGGUGGACUCUUGGUAUCAGUCAAUCCCACUGGUUUAUGGACACACUCGAAGCUCCCUGCCGAAGUUUGAAAACAUCCGGGGACAAUUGACGAGUUUGGUUGAACCGUUGGACGAAACUGAAGUAACUCACCAAGAUUCCACAAAAGGCGACAAGAUAAAUGAAAACAUCAAAAAGAAACGAGUUAAGUUUGAUGAGUCAAUGAACCAGAUUAAAAUUAUAGAAACUGAUUUUCCGUCGUUUAAAGUACGACAAAAUGCGAAGAAGCCUAAAAAACCUCUACAAGAAAGCAAUAAAGAUUUCUAUGAUAAUUCGAAAAAGUAUAGACAUCGAUAUUCCAAAAAUUAAAUAGUAAAUGAAAUUUCCCUUAAUUUAUAAAUUACCUAUAUUUAUUGUUGUUACAGGCGUUAUAAAUAAAUAAUCUUAAAAAUACUAACCAUAAUGUAUG